UUAGCCUAUUUAUAAACUUUCUCCGCGAAAAGGCUCACACUGGUCGUAAACACAGAAUCCUUUCUCACGAACUCAGAGAGAAUCUCAUCGGAAAGAGACGCCUGAAAUUUUCCGAAUGACCAGUGAACGGAAAAUGCCGUCGGUGCCGGAGAUGGCGGUGCAGCUACCGGAGACCACUAAGGUGGCGGCUAUGGCGUCCGAGAGCGGCACGAUCAGCGGACCGAUGGAACGGCCGGAGCGAAGCCUCGACCGUUUGAGAGCCGAUUUGUAUCAGUUAGUGCUGAGGCUGAUUUGUAUUGCUACUUCCACGACGGCAAUGACGUUGAUGGUUACCGCCAAGGAGUCUAGCACUGUUUCCAUUUACGGAUUUGAACUUCCCGUUCACUCCAAGUGGUCGUUCUCAGACGCAUUCGAGUACCUUGUUGGAGUUUCAGGGGCUGUCGCUGCCUACUCUUUGCUGCAGCUGCUCCUUACUGCUUCCAUGCUUGUCAGGAAGUCCCCAGUGCUUAGCUCCAGAAGUCAUGCCUGGCUCAUUUUCGCUAUUGAUCUGGCCUUGGGAUAUGCAUUGAUGAGUGCUGGAUCAGCUGCAGCUGGAAUCUCAAAUCUGAAUCGAACUGGCAUUCGACACACAACUCUGCCCAACUUCUGUAAGGCAUUACAACGCUUCUGUAACCAUGUUGCCAUCUCUAUUGCCUUCACAUUCUUUACCUGCUGCUUGCUCACCACUUCUGCCAUCCAACGCGUUAUUUGGCUCUCCAAAAUCUAAUUACAAAGAACAAACAACUUUCUGUCUCUGGGAAAACGUAUUGUGAAGAAUAUGGCGUUCCUCUGUUCCUUCUGAUUCCAUGAAAUGUUCCUUCAAUCAAAAGAAACUUGUAUGGUAUACACAUACAUGGGAGCAUCCCGCUGUUUUAGCUGGGAUUGUUCAUUUAGUUAGCUAAUAGUUGUUAUAUGGUGUAUUAACUUUGAUCUCGAGAGAGUUUUAAUAGAAUGAGGUUUGUUUGAACUUCCUUUCUGGUAAUUCAUGAUGAAGGGAAAGUUAUAGCACAAAGACCAGAAACCUCACUUGUUCAUGUCGCCCUUCAAC